AUGCCGGACGUGGCCAUCUCGCCCGCGCUCCGCCGCACCAUCCUCCGCGUCUUUACCAAGAAGCACAACCUGCAGCUGCACUCGUCGGCCGUAGCCUUUAUCGCACACACCCUCGACUCCCACGGCCUCAUAGACCAGCCAGAGGAGUGGGACGAUGCCAUCGAGGCGCUCGCGACCGGCAUCCUCGAGGCAGAGGCCAGCGGCGCGGACCCGGGCGUCAGCAGCUCGGUCGUCACACAGGAAGCGCUCAAGCAUGUCUACGACCAGCUCUGCAUGGCCGACUCGGCGGGCGGCGCAGCCGGUGCCAGCACCACCGCGACCACCAUCAGCCAGGCCAUCCACGACCUCACCGAGGGAGAGCGACCCAACCCGGACCGCUACUUCCACGUCAUCAACGCCUUUGACAUGCCCCGCGUCGUCUUCGACCCGCAGCGCAAGGUGUUUGAGCGCUCCAGCGUCCGCCCCACCAUCCUCCCCGCCGCCUCGGCAAAGUCGGCCUACCUGCGCCAGCGGCUCAGCAUCGUCCGCUCCGCCAUCCAGCGCAACGAAAACUUCUGCCCCCCGCUCGCCGUCGGUCAGGGACGCCAGCGCGACUCGUUCAUGAAGCUCACCUCGACAAAGAACCUCCUCGGCAGGCAGGGACAGCGCUUCCUCCUCUUUGGCAUGCUCUCGACCUCGCACGACGGCCGAUACGUCCUCGAGGACGCAGACGGCAGCGUCGGCCUCGACCUCCAGGACGCCAUCCCGGGAGAGGGCAUCUUUACCGAGGGUGCCAUGAUCCUCGUCGAGGGCGAGUACACCGACGAGGAGCGCAUCAAGGUGUUUGCCCUCGGCCACCCGCCCUCCGAGACGCGCAAGCAGGCGCGCCAGCUCUACGCGCACAUCGACAUGCUCGGGAUAGGCGCCAUCUCGUCCAGGGACGAGGAGGCCCUCCGCGCCCACGAGCAGAUGCACGACGACCUCUGCAUCGUCGUCAUCUCCGACCUCCACCUCGACCACCCAAAGACCAUGGCCAACUUCAAGCUGAUGCUCCAGGGCUACGUCGACGCCGACUUUAUCCCCUUUGCCUUUGUCCUCUGCGGCAACUUUAGCUCCUCGCCCUGGACCGGCGGCGACAUGCUCAAGAGGUAUCAGACCGCCUUUGGCAACCUGGCCGAUCUGAUCGGCGGCUUUCCGGAACUGCUGCGCUCGUCGCACUUUGUGCUGGUUCCCGGCCCCACGGACCCCUUUGUGACGCCCCUGAUGCCGCGGCCGGCGCUGCCCGAGAUCCUCACGACCAAGCUCAAGGCCAAGCUGGGCGCCCGCGUCCACUUUGCCAGCAACCCGUGUCGGAUCGCCUACUUUGGCCAGGAGAUUGUCGUCUACCGCGACGGCAUCAUGGCGCGCAUGCUGAGGAACUCGGUCCGCCUCAAGGAAGAGGCAAGGGAGGGCGACCUCAAGAAGUUUCUGGUCUCGACGCUGCUGGAUCAAGCCCACCUGUGCCCGCUUCCGCAGACGGUGCGGCCCGUGUUGUGGGAGCACGACCACGCGCUGCGCCUCUACCCGAUGCCCACAGCGCUCGUGCUCGCCGAUACCUACGACCGCUUCGAACUGACCUACGAAGGGUGUCACGUCUUCAACCCGGGCUCGUUCCGCGGCUCGUCGUUUGGCUGGUCGACCUACUACCCGGCCAGCGGACGCAUGGAGAGGAGCGAGCUGCCACAGGUCUAG